UAUAAUCCCCAUUGUUCUUUUUAUUGAACAAAGCAUAUAGAAGCUACCAAUAGGUAACAGAAAAGGAUUGUCCUCUGAGUUUCCAAGAACAGGGCUUUAAUGGGGUAUGAAUCUGUUCAAAACAGAUGGAUGGUUUUGGUAGCCUGCAUGUGGAUUGAAUGUUGUGCAGGAGCAUCAUAUGGCUUUAGCAUAUAUUCUCAGGCCAUAAAGACCCGAUUUGGCUAUAACCAACAGCAAUUGGACACCAUCUCUGUUUACAGCAGCUUAGCAAUUUUUGGGGGCAUACUCUGUGGGCUGUUAAACCAGUGCCUCCCUGCUUGGAUUGUUCUGUUCAUUGGGGCUCUGCACAAUUUGGCAGGCAAUAUAGUCUUAUGGCUGUUUGUAUCUGGGAGACUAGCAGUUCCUCCAUUGUGGGAGCUGGGUUUGUUCACCUUUAUUGCCAUUAAUGGCUGCUUAUACUUCAACACAGUCUCAAUGGUGACCUCUGUAAGCAAUUUUCCAGAUAACAGAGGACUAGUGGUGGGUCUGAUAAAGGGAUGUUUUGGUCUAAGUAGCGCCAUUCUGUCAACAGUAUGGAAGGUAUUUUUUCCAGAUUCAGAUGGUUCUUCCUAUUUGUUAGUGGCCGCCAUCGUCCCAUCUGCAGUCACCUUUCUGCUCAUGCCAAUUGUGAGGAAAUAUGAACCAGAUGAAUGUAGAAAUGGGUCUUCAAGAACUAUGCAAAACCUGGCUUUGGCGUCUGUACCCAUGGUGUUUUUAGCACUGUUUUUCAUGGCUGCCCCUUUCUGGGAUGAACACUCUUUGCAGGUAAAUCAAGUGAAAUUUGUUGUUACACUUGUCAUUCUAGCAAUCCCCUUGUACGUGGCAUGGAAAGCUAGCACUAAUGAUAGAACAUCAAUUGUAAACAAGAUACUUUUGGAGCCACUAAGUACUCAAGAAGAUUCAAGUAAUUUUGAAAAAUAUUGCAUUAUUGAGUAUGGUAAUAGCUCCCUGUGGAGAACAAUUUGCAACAUCGAUUUUUUCCUAGUCUUGUUUUCUUCUUCAGUUGCUAUAGCAUCAGGUGAAGUGACAAUUGGCAACAUGAGCCAGCUUCAAACCUCUCUUGGAUAUGCACAACAAGACAUCACUAUCUUUGUCACUUUGAUAUCAGCAAGUCAAUUUUUAGGUCGUUUUGGGAGUGGAGCUUUAUCUGAUUAUUUUCUCUCCAAAUUUGGAGUAGCAAGGCCAAUAUUACUUACACUAGCUCAGUUCAUUUUGUGUUGUGGCUAUUUUCUUAUAAUAAUAGCAGGCGCUUUUCCUCAAGCUCUAUACUUAGGUUCCAUUUUUAUAGGAUUUUCUUUUGGAACAAUAUGGUGUUUAAGUUCCAUUAUCAUAUCUGAUUUAUUUGGGCUACACUAUUUUGGGACAUUAUAUAAUGUCAUGAUGGUGGGGCAUCCAAUUGUAUUGUAUAUUCUAUCUGUGUGGGUUGCCGGCUAUCUCUAUGAUAUAGAGGCAGCUAAGCAAGGAGGAGGGAAUUGCAAGGGUAGCACAUGUUUUAGUCUUACCUUCAUCAUUUUGGCUAGUAUUGCUGUGUUUGCAACAUUAGCAUCAUCCAUUCUAUGGUGGAGAACAAGACAUAUUUAUAGGAAAAAAAUCAGUGAAUAAAUAGGUCUUGUUAGCAUAGUGGUAAUAUAAACACAAGUAUAAGGUUGAAUACCUCAAUUCUAUAUAUAUCUUGCUUUGGGAU